AUGCUGAUGCGGUCACACGGCCAUGUGGCCUCGGCCGAUCAUCACGCACCGCAAGGGGAAGGAGGAGCCUGGAGGAUGGGCCUGGUCGACCUCUGCUAUAUUCGCCGGGCCAUCCAUCGCGAAUGGAGUCUCCCAUCGUUGCAGCUCGGACUAGCCUCGGCUUCGCGUGCCGGACAAGAGUCGGACUGGAUCCAGCAACGAAUCUGCCGUUGGAAGAUUGCUCAUGAGAACGGCAUGGGAAUCAAGUAUAUAUUCACCGAUUCCGACCUGCCACCGGCUGUGUCAAGGCCCUUCCUAAGAUCAAGGUUCCUUUGUGACCGAGUUGCGUUGGCUGGUAGCUUGCCGUCGGCUUCUGAAUGA